AUGUCACGCUGUGAGAAAGAAACCAGGAUAUUGGAGAGAGAAGCAGUUCUGAAUGAAAUCACCAUAAAGAAAACAAAUGCCAUGAUGGAGAUAUGGAAAGAAGAGGAGGACAUCAUAUACACUUACAGGAGGAGAUUCACAGCAUAUUGUUACCAAGGGACAAUACUAGACCCAAAUACAGGCUGCAUAAAAAAUGAUUUAGAGGUUCCUAUAAGCAAAACCACUGCAAGGGAAUAUGUAGAAAACAAAUCAUGCAAGACUGGAUGCGAGUGCUCUGCCACUGUCUGUACUGGAUCUAGCUCAGAUUGUUGUCUGGAUAUUAGAAUGGAGACCUACAAAGGACCAGAAAGAAUGGGAGACAGAUACUUCGAGACAGCAGGACUAGCAAGGCACAGCUGUACUUCAAGAUGGGCUUGCAUAGCCAAAACAAUAAGGGCAAAGCCCAUAAUAACGGACGUGGGGAGCUCCAAAUGA